AGGAUGUCAACGACCUAAUAAAAUACACAGAAGAAGUGUAAGACACAGGUCCAGCCCAAGUAGAUAAUAUUCGCUCAUCUUGAGUAAACAGGCUGCACUGAACUGCAGGAAACAGCUUCAGCUGAAGAUUGAAGAUAAAAAAAAACAGCUGCUCCGAUGGGUCCAGGGAUCCUGUAGAAAACUAUUCCCGGGGAAAGGAGCCAGUUUCCAUACAGGGGACAAGGUUUUUUUUUUUUCUUCUCAUUGAUAACAAAUGGUCUGUAGUCAUGGAUCCGGGUGUUGUGGAUGGUCCUGUUAUCCUCGUCAUCAAGGCUCCAAAUCAGAAGUACGAUGACCAGACCAUCAACUGUCACCAGAACUGGACUGUGGAGAAACUAAAAGCGCACCUGUCGGAUGUAUACCCGAGUAAACCAAGCUCCAAAGACCAGAGGUUGGUGUAUUCCGGGAAGCUGCUUUUGGAUCACUUCACCUUAAAAGAUGUUCUCAGAAAGCAGGAUGAGUACCAUAUGCUCCACCUGGUUUGUGCCUCACAUACUCCACCCAGCUCCCCAAAGCCCCCCCGCAGCCGCAGUAACAAGCCUCAGGAGAACACGGCCAGUCCCACGCCCUAUACAAACUCAAAUGUCCCCCCUGCUGGUCAACAACAGCAGUCGUCCACAGGGGAGAGCAGUGAUGGACUCGGACAGCAAGCCCCACCCUUCCCUUACCACCAGAUGUAUUCACAAGUUAUGCAAAGCUGGAACCAGCACUCACCGCAGUCGUAUUACAACCCCAUGACACUAAUGUGGUGGCAGCAGCUCUACGCCCGCCAAUACUACAUGCAUUAUCACUUGUUAGCCGCCGCCUCCGCCCAGCACCUCAGGCCAGAGCAGCCCUCGGCUCAGCCCAACCAGCCCGACCCCGUGAGCCAGCGGCCUCAAGCAGAUCGCCGUGGCAACCCGGAGGUGCAGAUGAACGCACAGGGCGGGGAGAUCCUGAACGAAGAGGAGCUGAACUGGGAUUGGCUGGACUGGGUGUACACGCUUUCCCGCGCUGCGAUCUUGCUCAGUAUCGUCUACUUCUACUCCUCCUUCAGCCGCUUUGUCAUGGUGGUGAUGGCCAUGCUCGUGCUUUACCUGCACCAGGCCGGCUGGUUUCCUUUUAACCUUGAGAACGAGCUCCAGUUCCCCGGAGACCGAGCCAAUCAGGACGAAAUGGAGGGAGAGCCACAGAACCACGACUUGCAAGAAAUGGAAGGUUUGAUGGAUGACGGCUCGGACGAUGACGGGGAAAGUGGAGAGGAUGGAGCAGAGGACCCGAACAGCGGCGCCAAUGCAGGCUUCCUGGCGUCCACGUGGUCGUUCAUCAUCACCUUCUUCAUGUCACUGAUUCCAGAGGGGCCGCCAAACGGUGCUAACUAAGCCACGAGCUGCCACGAGUCUGCACAUAUCUUUCUUUGAGAGAGGACAAACAAUCCAAUCUGUUCCGACGAAGCUGUUGCCGUCUGCAGCGUUUCAGAUUCCCUUGUGAUCUACGUUACUUCGUAUCUAAAAAAAAAAAAAAAAAAAAGACUGUGAGCCGAAACACAAGUGACUGAUUCAGGCUGAAAGAUGUGAAUCAAGUCACUUUAUAUUCACUGUUUUUUUGUUUGUUUGUUUGCAGAAAGACAAACAUUUUGAACCGUCAAAUGAAAAGAACAUUAGUUGAACUUCUAUAAGAUUGCUAGUGACACUGAUGCCUUGUUAACAUGGCGAUUGAUAGUGUCUCCCAUUGCAACGUGUCUAUAAUUUAUAACAUUAGGACAUUUGUAAACAGAAAUAAGAACAGCACUGUGUCUGUUUAAUAACCAGAAUCUUUCUUUGUAGGAAGCUACAAUAUUUUUGUUGAGAGUUUAUGUUGUAAUGAUUAUUGUCUUCAAAAAAAAGGGGGGGGCUGCAUUAGUUCCAACAACAGAACCACAGCAGGUGACCCUGACUCAUGUAGCACCUAAGGGGAAUGACAGGAGUGAUGUUGGGCCUUAGAGUCCAACAAAUGUGUGUGAACACAUUGUGUACCGCGUUUAUGAGUGUUGACGCAGAGUGACGUUGGCUACUGAGAAGUGACUUUGUGUGAGAACUACUACGUACAGAGCGGAGCGAGGCUGCUGGAGAAGAGCUCGUCCACCUUUUAAUGGAAAAUACAAAAACAAGAUGGUUGUUGGGAAUUCCAGUUUGUGAAAAUGGCUGCUGCUGUUACUUUCUCAUGUUGUGUACCAAUAAUAAUAGUUGUAUUAUUAAACCUACCUUCAUGAUAA